AUGGCACGCAGCAUUCCCCGCGCCUCCAGCGCUUCCGAGGAUGAAGGCGAUCAAGUCCUUCCCGAAGCUUUGGCAACGGGACGAUCCAAGCGCUCCACGGCGGGCAAUCGGUGAGCUACAGCGUGUAGUGCUGCGUGCUUCUACUCGUGAGCUCACAAGUUCUGACAUUUGGUGUUGCGCUCAGCAUGCGAGCGCUUUUGGACCAGGAGUUUGAGGAGGAGGAAGGCUUCUCGGGCAAUGAAGAUGAUGUAGAGUUCGAAGAAAAGCUGGAUGAGGUGGACAUUAUAGACUCAGACUUUGACAAGUCGAGCUCUAACGAGGAUGCUGGCUCGGAAGAUGACGAGGAAGGGGAGAGACAAUUGUUGGAGGAGGAGAACGCUGCUGCGAAGAGGAGCAAGGUGAGCGCGCUCUUUAGAAAUUCGUGGGCUAAAACCACGACGUGAGUGGAGGGUGGCAGAGUGAGCGCACUAGCCAACUCAAUGCCACGCUCGACUUUAUCCUUCUCACAGUCCAGCAAGGGGAAGGCCGGAUCAAGCCGAGGAGGGGCGAGACCUGCGCCGCCUGCCAUCGCCGCGUUUCGUCCUUCCAACGGCAAGCCUCCUCCGUCUGCCUUGAUGUCGGCCGAUCAGCAGGAUGAAGGGCAAAUUGAGUCAAGGGCUUCCAAGCGCAUCUCAUUCGCCCCCGUGCCUCCUGAUGGAGAAGCGAGUGGUCCAUCUUCCAGCGGCCCGAGAGGACUUUCUGCUUCAGGCUCGCAAAGAUCCAGCAAUCGUCGAGCCACGAUGCGGGUAGCUGCGGAAGUGCAACAGCGAUUAAAAAGCGAGCAGGCUAAAAGGGCAUCGCAGCCUGUGAGACAAGCGCCGCGCAAGCGUGCACGAUUGACGCAAGAUGCGUUGAUUGCACAAGCUUUGGAGGUGGAAGAUGUGAAUCGAGAGUCUUUGAGAAAGUUUUUGGACCAGGAAGAAGAGAGGAGAGCUAGGGAUAGGAGACUGGUACCGAAGACGAUCGAGGGGCCGUAUGUCAGAUGGCACUCCAUCUCGAUGGCGGAAGGUCACCAACCCUCCAUUAUCGUCAUCGAGCCAACAAUGGCAUCUAGCAAAAGCGAAAAUCAUACGUCGGCCUUGUCGGCGCUUCGUCUGCCUCUGACCCAGGAUCCUGUCUUUGCAGAUCGAGCGGCUCGGGCAGCAGACAUGUUCAGCACAUCGAAAGGUCAAACGGCAGGACAGUCGGCUGACAGGGCCGGUCAGCCGACCAAGAAGUUCUCUCGCACUCUGCUCUCCUUGCGGGGAUUGCCGGAAGAGUCCACUUGGGUGGACGAAUUUCGACUCUUGUUGGGCGAUCAUUGCCAAUGGGACGCUUUGCCCGUGGUACCAGCUCGAAAUCGACCACUUAGGCCUCGUCAAAGCACUUGUCCAAUUACAGGCCUACCAGCCGUCUACAGAGACCCGAGAACGGGCACACCGUUCGCGACGUGCGAAGCGUACGAAGUCAUUGGUCAGCUGCUUAAUCAGAGAUAUGCGUGGACAGGAGUAGGCACGAGGGAACGACAGACGAGCUCUGGAAGCGGAGCGGCGCAUGAAGCGUUUGCGAUGGGAUGCUACGUAAAUGCGCUCGAUGACGAAGGUGCAGACGGCUCAUUCAGGCGAGCUGCGGAGGCAGCAGGAAGACCCAUUGUCACGGCAGUGGACCACCCAUCAACCAACGCAAGCGCGCAGAUGCUCGGCGGUGCAAGCGCAAGCACAAGCACGAUCGACAGCAGAGCUCCAUCGCAAGCGCAAGCCCAAUCACGCGCGACCGGCCUGCGCGAGGAUGAGAGUGCAAGCCCGGCUAGCAAGAGUGCGCCGCGUAAACCUCAUCGCCGUGCGCCUACUUGGACGAUCGUCAAGGACGACCAAGCACCAGCACCAGGGGACGAGUUAUCCGUGUUAGCUGCUGCGCAAGCUGUGAGUAUAGCCCUCUCUUUCUCCUCGCGGUCAGCGAAUUGUCGAUGGAUGACUGACUAGUCGACGCUUUGUUGCUGUUGCGAAUCAUGCACAACGCUGUCAUUAGCUACCCGAAGGCUCUACGCGCUCAGGUGGAAGACGCGUCCAUUCGGCGCCCCGUUCCUCAGCAUCAGCUCAUUCAUGA